AUUCUAAAUUUCUUCUCUGUUAUCUUGAAUUUCAUUUGAGUUUCCUCAGAGCAGCUAUUUUGAAUUAUCUGUCUGAAAAGUCAUAUACCUCUGUUUCUCCGAGAUUGGCCCCUGGUGCCUUAUUUAGUUCUUUUGAUUAGGUUAUGUUUUCUUCGAUGGUCUUGAUGCCUUGAUGCUAGUGGAUGUUUGUCAGUGUCUAGGCAUUGAAGAAUUAGGUAUUUAUUGUAGGCUUCACAGUCUUGGCUUAUUGUACUCAUCCUUCUUGAGAAGGCUAUCCAAGUAUUCAAACCUACUUGGUAGUUGUGAUCAAAGUUUUUGUUCACUACAGCUGUAUCUGCAUUAGGGCACCCCAAGCCUAGUAAUGCUGUAGUUCUUGCACACUUACAGAGAUACCAGCUUGGUGGUUGAUAUAGUUAGGCUUUGUGUCCCUACCCAAAUCUCAUCUUGUAUUAUCCCUCAUAAUCCCCAUGUGUCAAGGGAGAGACUAGGUGGAGAUAAUUGGAUCAUGGGGGUGGUUUCCCACAUGCUUUUCUGGUGAUAGUGAGUACAUUACAUGAGAUCUGAUGGUUUUGAAAGUGUUUGGUAGUUCCUCCUGUGUUCAUUCUUCUUCCUGCUGCCUUGUGAAGAAAGUUCCUGGCUUUCCCUUCACCUUCUGCUAUGAUUUUAAGUUUCCCGAGGCCUCCCCAGCCAUGUGGAACUGUGAAUCAAUUAAACCUCUUUCCUUUCUAGAUUACCCAGUCUCAGGCAGUUCUUUGUAACAGUGUGAGAAUGGACUAAUACUGUGGUUUUGGAUAACAUCUGGAAGAAUUCUCUGGAUUGCCAGGUAGAGACUCUUGUUUUCUUCCCUUACUUUCUCCAAAAUGAAUGCAGUCUCUCUCUGGCUAAGCUGCCUGGAGCUUGGAGAGGAGUGACACAGCAGUCUUGUUACUACUGUAACAUCAUUGAGAGUGUACUUGGUCAGAUCUGAAGCCAGCAAAGCACUCUGUCUUGCCCACGUCCCACUGUAGCUAUUACCUGAGUACAACCUGUGUUCUUUCUAGGCCUUCAGGCUAUAUACAAUUAAUAUUUCAAGAGUGACUGAAGCCAGCCAUUCUUGUGUAUUUCCCUUCAGGGUGGUGAAUUCCCCUGGGCCCCGGACAGGUUCAGAGUUACAGAGAUACCGUCUGGGAGCUAAGGCCUGAAAUCAGAAACCUUAGAAAUUUCCCUGGGGCUCUAUUCAACUAUGUUUAAGCUGGUACUGAAAUCACAAGACAGAGUGCUUCCUACUUUUCCCUUUCCUUUUCCCAGGCAGUGGGGUCACUCCAUGUGUGUACCUCCACACAGGGCCAUGGGGAGUACUGCCACAUGUUCUUAAGUGAAUAUUAUCACUGUUCUCUUAAGGCCCAAGGGCUCAGCUUUUCAUGAAUGUUGCCAUUCAUGGGACUCACCCUUCAGGGCAGUGAGUUCUCUUCUGGCUUAGGAUAGGUCCAGAGGUACCAUCCAUUGUUCUCUGGAAUUGGGGACCCCAGGAGCCCACAUAGAGCUCUUCCCAACUAUGUUUGAGCUGGUACCUAAGCUGCAAGACAAAAUUCUCUUUAUUUUUCCCUGCCCUUUUCUCAAGCAGAAGGAGUCUCUCCUCAUAGCCACCAUAGCUGUGAAUAUGCUGGGUUCACACCUGAAGCUUGCAUGUCUCAGUCUUAGCUGAGGCCCACAGUGUGUAUUAUUUGGUUACUGCUGGUGAUUAUUCAGGGUCUAAGGGCUCUGUAGUGUCAGCAAGUGAUGAAUUCCUUCAGGACUUGAUCCUUCUCUUCAAGGUAGCAGGUUCCUUUCUGGCUCAGGGUGUGUCUAUAAAUGUCAUCUGGGAGUUAGAGCCUAGAAUGGGGACCUCACAACUCUGCCUGAUGCCUUAUUCAAGUGUGGCUUGAGGUGGUAUUUAUGUUGCAAAACAAAGUCCUGUUUAUUCUUCUCCUCUUCUCAAGGAGAAGGAAGGAAUCUCUUUUGGAGCCAGGAGCCUUGCUGCCUAUGAUUGGGGGAUGUAUGACACAAGCACUCCCUUAGCCACACUGGCUGGUGUCUCACUAGGCCAUGUCCCUCCAAGUCCACUGGCUCUGAGCCCAGCACAGCACUUUAACUUGCCUAGGAGUUAUAGUCCUUGUGAUCUAGCUACCUUUUCGUGUUAUUUAUGACCCUGGAGCACUUUAGCCUGUGGUGGUGGGGCUUGCCAAAACUCAAGUUCCAACCUCCAAGCUGUGUGAUUGUCCUCUACCUAGGGCUGGUCUAAAUGCUCCAUUCAUUGUCAUUGGCUGAGUUCUGCUUGGGGUUGGCAGCACUGCGUUCCAGGGUGUAGUCCUACAGUUGCUGUGCUCUUCUCCCAUGUGCGCCAGAAAUUCUUCCUCUGUGCCAUGUGGUUGCUACGAGCCGAUGGGGGAGGGCUGAGGUUAGCAAUUCAAGACUGCCUUUUCUAUCUUCUUCACUGCCUCUUUCAGCCAUAUGAAGAUCCUGUUUGACCAAACUCAGAGAUCAAUUAAGGCACAGCUUCAGAACUUUGUUAAAGAAGAUCUUAGAAAAUUCAAAGAUGCCAAGAAGCAAUUUGAAAAAGUCAGUGAAGAAAAAGAAAAUGCAUUAGUAAAAAAUGCCCAAGUACAAAGAAACAAACAACAUGAAGUUGAAGAAGCCACCAACAUUCUGACAGCAACAAGAAAAUGUUUUCGACACAUAGCCCUUGAUUAUGUGCUUCAGAUUAAUGUUCUUCAAUCAAAAAGGAGAUCAGAAAUCCUAAAAUCAAUGUUAUCAUUUAUGUAUGCCCAUUUGGCCUUCUUUCAUCAAGGAUAUGAUCUGUUUAGUGAACUUGGACCCUACAUGAAGGAUCUGGGUGCACAGUUGGAUCGACUGGUUGUGGAUGCAGCAAAGGAGAAAAGAGAAAUGGAGCAAAAACAUUCCACCAUUCAACAAAAGGCUGCAUUACAGGAUUUCUCCAGUGACGAUUCUAAGUUAGAAUAUAAUGUAGAUGCUGCAAAUGGCAUAGUUAUGGAAGGAUAUCUGUUCAAACGAGCCAGCAAUGCCUUCAAAACUUGGAACAGGAAAAAGCCCGAUCAUAUCAGGCGCUGGUUUUCAAUACAGAAUAAUCAGUUGGUUUACCAGAAAAAAUUUAAGGAUAACCCUACUGUAGUGGUUGAGGAUCUCAGGCUAUGCACAGUGAAACAUUGUGAAGACAUAGAACGACGAUUCUGCUUUGAGGUGGUCUCUCCCACAAAAAGUUGUAUGCUCCAGGCAGAUUCUGAAAAGCUGCGCCAGGCAUGGAUUAAGGCUGUUCAGACCAGUAUUGCUACUGCUUAUAGAGAGAAGGGUGAUGAAUCAGAGAAGCUGGAUAAGAAAUCAUCUCCAUCCACAGGAAGCCUAGAUUCUGGAAAUGAGUCAAAAGAGAAAUUAUUGAAAGGAGAAAGUGCGCUUCAGCGGGUACAGUGUAUCCCUGGCAAUGCCAGCUGUUGUGACUGUGGCCUGGCAGAUCCACGGUGGGCCAGCAUCAACCUGGGCAUCACCUUGUGUAUCGAGUGCUCUGGAAUUCACCGGAGUCUUGGGGUUCAUUUUUCAAAAGUACGAUCUUUAACUUUAGACACCUGGGAGCCAGAACUUUUAAAGCUUAUGUGUGAGUUGGGAAAUGAUGUUAUAAAUCGAGUUUAUGAAGCUAACGUGGAAAAAAUGGGGAUAAAGAAACCACAUCCAGGACAAAGACAGGAGAAGGAGGCAUAUAUCAGAGCAAAAUACGUGGAGAGGAAAUUUGUGGAUAAAUCUUCUAUAUUAUCAUCACCUCCUGAGCAGGAAAAAAAGUUUGUCUCUAAAAGUUCUGAAGAAAAGAGGCUGAGCAUUUCUAAAUUUGGGCCAGGUGACCAAGUCAGAGCAUCUGCCCAAAGUUCAGUGAUUGCUGUAAAUAGCGACGAGGCCAGGCGGGAGUCUCUGUUUUGUCCUGAUGAGCUAGAUUCACUCUUCUCCUACUUUGAUACUUCUUCAAAACUGCGUAGUAUCAAAAGUAAUGACAGUGGAAUCCAGCAGAGCUCUGAUGAUGGAAGAGAAUCUUUACCCUCCACAGUAUCAGCCAAUAGUUUAUAUGAGCCUGAAGGAGAAAGGCAAGAUUCUUCUGUGUUUAUUGACUCUAAACAUAUUAAUCCAGGGCUUCAGCUUUAUAGGGCUUCAUAUGAAAAAAACCUUCCUAAAAUGGCUGAGGCUUUGGCUCACGGCGCAGAUGUGAACUGGGCUAAUUCCGAGGAAAACAAAGCAACACCGCUUAUUCAGGCUGUAUUAGGGGGUUCUUUGGUGACAUGUGAGUUCCUCCUACAGAAUGGUGCUAAUGUGAACCAAAGAGAUGUCCAGGGGCGGGGACCAUUGCACCAUGCCACCGUCUUAGGGCACACAGGGCAGGUAUGUUUAUUCCUAAAACGAGGUGCCAAUCAACAUGCCACAGAUGAAGAAGGGAAAGACCCUUUGAGCAUAGCUGUGGAAGCAGCCAAUGCUGAUAUAGUAACCUUGUUACGUUUAGCAAGAAUGAAUGAAGAGAUGCGGGAAUCAGAAGGACUAUAUGGACAGCCAGGUGAUGAAACUUACCAGGACAUUUUUCGUGAUUUUUCCCAAAUGGCGUCCAAUAAUCCAGAGAAACUAAAUCGUUUCCAGCAAGAUUCACAGAAAUUCUGAAUUUUUUAAAAAAGGGGAAAAUAUGGAAUCUGGUGACCCCCCCCAAUGUAUACAGCUAAAAAUUCACAAAUCUUACUGCUUUAAUUCUACUUAAUUUUGGUAGAUAUUGAAUGGCUUGGAAAAAAGGUACCCAUUUAUUGAUAGAUUUGUAAAUUAAAACAUAGUUACCUAGUAGUUGGGAGAGGAACCUAGUUUAGGACCUCUUUUAUUUAAAAAAUAAUAAUAAGCCUGUUUAAAGGGCUAUUUUUAUAGAUAAAAGUUCAGUCUAGAUUUUGGCCAUCUCUACGUUACAGUAUGCUAGGAGGUCAGACAAAAAUGAUUCUUUUGCCAAUAGGUAGUGGCAUUGAUAUUUUUCUUCCCCAUGUAUCUUGCCCAGGAUCAUUCAGUCAAGCAUGUCUUCAUCAAGUGGGAGCCAACUGUCCUGCCUGCCUCAAGAAUAUGUCUUUUCUUUAGCUUCCCUGAUGAUUUUUGGUGGUUCAGAAAUAGGUGUGUGUGUUUAUGUGUGUUUGGUAACCUAGCUAUCAUACACAUAAUGUAUGAUUUAUUAGAAGUAAAGAAUGUGUCUUCCACAUCUGUUCCUAAGUGCGGUUAUACUCCUUAGAUGACAGGUUAUUGUCCAGUACUUUAAUAUGUGUAUGUAUAAUGGCUGUACAGGUAGACCAUAAUUGAGUCCUUUAGAAUUAUUCUAUUUUAUGCAGCAAAAAGCAGCUUUUUUUUUUUUAAUCACAAAAUCCCAGUUCAAAAUGUGUAGCUCUUCAUUGUUGGGUUGAUUUCCUAAAACCUUGACAAAUGUGUUGAUGUAAUAAAACUGUUUUAAAGGUUACUUGAAUGUUGCAAAAUUAUGCUUUCAUCAAAACGUAACUUUAAAGGAAAGAUCAAUUUAUAAAAUAAUGUAGGACAUUUUUGUCUUUGAAAUUUGUCCUUUUAAAGAUACAGUUUUGCUGUUGCUCCUAGGGAAAGAAAAAUUUCUAUACAAAGGAGAAAAAGUACCCCAUUUAUUUUUAGUUAAUACUAAAAUAUAUAGCAAUAAAUUGCUGUUUAUUUUUUUCUACAUCUAUAUUGUGUACUUGUACACAGUGUACAUUCUUUUAAAUUAUAUCAUGUAUAUAGCUUUACUAUUUGGUUACAUGAAUCACAGACCCUUGAAUUCCAAAAUGUUAUGGAUAAACAUAUUUACCAUUUCUAUGCUACAAAUUAGUCUGAGUCCAUCUUUGAAAUGUUUUAUCAAGUAUAAAAUAAUUAAUUUGCCUUUUUUUUUUUGAGACUUGAGUCUCGCUCUGUCACCCAGGCUGGGGUAUAGUGGCAAAAUCUUGGCUCACUGCAGCCUCCUUCUCCCAGGUUUAAGCAAUUCUCAUGCCUAAGCCUCCUAAGUAGCUGGGACUAUAGACACCCACCACCAUGCCCAGCUAAUUUUUGUAUUUUUGGUAGAGACGGAGGUUUCACCUUUUUGGCCGGGCUGGUCUCGAACUUCCCUCAGGUUAUCUGCUCAAAGUGCUGGGAUUACAGGCGUGAGCCCGGGUGCCUGGCUUAAUUUGCUUAUUGAUUCCUUUCCAUUGUCGUCAACAAUUAAGUUUAAUCUUCUUUUAGAAAUUAUAUAUAAAUGAUGAUAUUAUCGAUACUCUUUCUAAAUAAAAGAGGUUUUUAAAUCCGUAACAGUUUUAUGUAUCCAAUUAUAUAUAAAUUUUCUAACAUUUCCCAAUAACUAGAGUUUUAUAAAUUGAUUAAAUAUCAAAUCAGAGUCUAGCCGAGUUAUAUCGAAAUAAGUUUACAUCACAGAAAAGGUUCCAUAAUUUGUCCAAAUUGCAUGCGUGUAAUGCUUAUAUAGUAAUAGUCACUAUAUGUUGGAUAAGGAUAAAAAUAUAUUUGUGAAUUAUUUCUGAGGAAAUGCCAACUUCCACAGCAUUGUAUUUAAUUAUAACAAUAACAGGAACAUUAGAUCUUUACUGAUUCACCUCAAAGCCAUAGAUCAUCUGGCUUUUAGGCACCUUAACUAAAGGCAAAAAUCUGAUUUGUAGUUUUUAUUAGAGUAUACCUUGAAAUUAUUUGACCAAGAAACUCAAAGAAAAGAAGUAUGUUAAAAAGAAAGAAAAGAGAAAACCUCACUUUUCCUUUAUAGUGUCCGUUCCUGUUUUAAACCCAGGACUUCAUUCCUAAAGAUCCUGACCUUGAACUAAGGAAGUCUAGGAAGUUUUCUUUUUGGAUCUGGCCAUGGUGCUUCACAUCACCUCUGGAAUCUCUGUGGUUGUGAAGGCACUCUUACCUCCUGCGGGUUGAGUCACGAAUUGUUAAUGUGGCAGUAAUUAGUAUCUACUUAAAUUUAGUGGUUAGAAAUGUAUUUGAAGUGCCCUAAAGAUGAUCAUAGUUCGGAAUAUCUUCAGAGAAAGCAAACUUUUUGAUAUUGCAGGGAGGCUGGCAAUACAAAAAUACUUUUCUAUGGCUUCAUUUCUUUUUGAAUGUGUUGAGACACAAUUUGAACUACAUUUGGCAGAAAGGAUGGAGUAAACAGCAAGGCUCUUAAAUUAAUAGUUACAAGGUAGUUGGCUCUUAGGUGAAUUUAGCUAUGUCAGCUAAUAGCUUUUAUAUGGUAUGUAACAAAUAUGAGUUAUGCUGUGAUUCAGUGCAUUAUAAGAAAUCAUAAUAUAAACAAUGUUAAUCAUUCUUUUGGGCUUCAUCAGUCUAUGUUAUUGGCCUUUAUUUUCUUUCCAUAGCUUAUCUGCUGUUACCAGUUUCUUAUUCCUUAUUAUUAAUCUGUUAGCUCAUUAUCAUUAGCUUACUAACUUAAAAAUUAGAUAAAUAUCAAAAUAAGAAUAGCAGCACUAUGAAGAGUUAAUAAAAUGCAAUUUCAUGUUAGAAGAGAAUCAAAGUAAUUGAGCAGUUAUUUGCAGUGCUUUAUUGCAACAUUUAUGUGCUUAAGAUUUCUAAGAUUUAAAAAAUUACCUGGAAUACAAUCCUUAGAAAUUCAGAAAUAUCCUGGUAUUCACUAGAUUAUGGUGUUUGCCCAAUUUAUACUGGUUUUCACUGUAGAUUUUAAUGAACUUUGAGUGUUUACUUUUCCAGAUGUACAGAUUUAAUUUGGAAUACAAACUUUGGUUCUUCAUGAGUACAUUUUGAAAAAGAAAAAAAUAAACAUUCAGAAUCUGGCCAACUUAAUUUUGUAUUUUAAAAAUAUUUUAUGCACAUUAAGUACGGUCACAGUAAAUGAAAUUGUGUUUAAGACUAAAUUUACUACCAUUUCGAACAGUCAGACAUUCCCAGAUCAUUCUUAUAUUGUCAGAGAACACUUCUGUAUUAUAUCACUUUGGACCAGGGACAUGAGCUGGUAAAUGAUAUAUUUUUGUAGACUGUAUGUCCAGAAUGAGUUUAGAACUGCAUGAUAUCGUGGAAAGAGCACUGGACUAGUAGUCACUACGCUUUUUGGAUUCAGGGCUCCUCACAAUUAAAAUGAGUAUAAUAAAACAAGGUGAAAAUAUAAAAAUAUCCCUUUGUAUACUGUUUUGCUACUUACAGUGUACUUUGGCAUUGCUUUAUCUUACUGGUUUCUCGCAAUAGGAUUUCUGAGAUCUUAAUCUAAGAGCUCUGAAAUUGUCAACUUGUUUGAUCCCAGGGUGCUCCUUUUGUUUUACAGAGUGAGCUCACUUGAUUUUUUAGUUGGUGGCAUAGUUGGCAUCAUUUCCCAGGUCUGACUGACUGCUAGUCAGAGGCCCUUUAUUUGUAUCAUGAGAUGAUUUGAAAUCAUUGUAAAGCAGCAGAAUCUGAUAAUGACUGCCAGCUUUCCUUGUGCUUUGAUAACAAAGACUCCAAAUAUUCUGGAGAACCUGGAUAAAAGUUUGAAGGACUAGGUUGGGAUUUGAAGACAUAAAAUUGUAGGAAGUCUUACAUUUUUGCAAUAACAAACAUUUAUGAAAGCAAAACAUUUUAAAAUAAUUUUAAUUCACCAUAUACUUAUCAAUUUCUUGAUGCUUCUAAAUGAUGUCUACAAAUAUGGUUUUGUGGACAUAUUUUUCUGUUUACAUAAAUUUAUCCACUUAAAAUGUGAUAAUUUGGGGACAUAGCAAGGUUUGAUUACAUAAACUUCUUUGCAUUGGUCUUUUCACUAUCUUAUUUGCUAAAUUUUCUUAUUUUUCUCCAACCUCCCACCCUCCAUUUUUUGGUUAUUAAACAGGGAAAGCUUGCUACAUUGUAAAGAUUGUUGGCACCAUUUAUUUUACACAAAGGCUAAAGGUUAACGUUUGGAAAUGAUGAACUGCUUUAUAUAUGUGUUUACUUGUGCUUUGUGAUGCUUCUGGAUCAUUCCAGUCAUACAGACUUAUUACAUGUAAUAUUUCUUGCUACCUGUGGAAAGGUGUAUUUUAAAGAAUGUAUAACCAGCAGUCCAUUUACUUUUUAUUAUUAUGUAGAGGAUUUGUAUCUAAUUCAUGAAUGUAGUUUUACAAUAGUUUGUCAUUGUAAAUGGAGCAAAGUACAUUAUCUUUAUUCUAAAAUGUACAUUAUGUAAGAAUUGUAAAUAUACUUAAGUAAUUUGUAUGCCAAAAAAUUACAGUAAGUCAAUAAAAAUCUCACCUCUGGCAUAGCUA